AUGCUAACUUUGUUUUUCUUCAGAAUUAGUUCUUACAAGCUUUCUCGUGAAGAAAACUCAGUCCCUUAUUCCGAAUGCACAGAAAUACAGAAGCCCGAAACUUCAGAUCUUUUUACAAUUCAAAAUAUUGAAAUUCCAGCAGGAGGUUGCCUCAAGACGGAUUCAAAUGCUAUAUUAGCAGGUGACACAGAUUAUGAUGUUGAAUAUACAAUUGUUCAACAAGGAAAUGAUCCAAUUGAAAAUGACCCUGUUCCUAAUCCAAUCGUUUUAAAUAACAUUAACCCAACGUCAAAAACAAUUCACUAUAAAAUCACUUGCCACAAUUCAGAAUCUAAUUGCAAUAUUCGAAUUGCCCAAAUUAAAGGCUCAAUUCAAGUAAAGGAUGAUGACAAUUACGUGAAUUAUGAUUAUGUAAGUUAUAUUACCACAAAUUACGAUGAUAAACUCGAAGGCCACCAUAUUUCAAUUGAUGAUAACAAUUUUGAUAAAGUUUAUGCAUAUUUUCUUCCAAAACAGGAGCUACUACUAUCAUUUAGUGCAGACUCGUCAAGUACCAUUACUUCCCUUACAAAUGACGGAGUAAAUUAUCAAAAUACAGUUUCCCAAGAGCUGACAAUCACAGAACCAUAUGGAUUGAAAAUAGAUGGUGGAGAAGAGAACAUAAAUAUUGGAUUUUCAAUCAGAUAUUCAUCAAAAGGAACAAUUUCUGAUCAAAAUCAGAUAAAUUUCAUAGAAAUGAAAGGUUUCAUACCAUUCACUGACGGACAACUAUAUCUGAGUGAUCUUGUGAGUGAGCAGCCAUCAGUAGAAAGUGAUAAUAACGAUACUGAUGAUACUGAUAUAUUUGGAGAGUGUGAAGACCUCGAUUCACAAGCGUAUGACUACAAUGUGAUAUUUACAAGGGAAAUACAACCAGGAAAUUGUGUCAAAUCACUGUCAAAUUUAGUUAUUGCAACUAAUACUUCAUUGUUAGUUGAUACAAAGACAUAUUUGUUCUCAGAGGAUAAGUACAUUGAUAAGACAGGUAUAGAGAAUCCUUUCAUCAUCAACAACGAAAAUUCUUAUGAUAAAAAUCUUUAUUCAAAGAUUUAUUGUAAGAAUCCUGAUGAAACAUGCCAUAUAGAGUAUGCUUUCAUCAAAGGAACUAAUACUUAUCAAAACGGAGAUGGUUUUCAGACAAUGAUAAGUUAUAUUUCGACAAAAACUGAAGGAUUGCUUAUAGGAGACAUGUCUAGUGAUGAAUCAACAGGAAACUAUACAGAAGUUACACUACAUUUCUUCUCAAAGGCGAAACUUUUCGGAAAUUUCUCUUCAACAAAUAAAGUUUUGUUUACACAGAAACAUCAUCGCAGUGAAGAGAAUGUAACACAAAAGGAAGUUAAUUUCACAAGCCCUUCAAUGUUUUCUUUGACUCCUUACAUUAAUACCAUUUCUCAUUUUGAAUUUUCAUAUAGUAUGGGAAAGACAGCAUCAGAAUCUAAUGAUUCAUUCUUCCCUAUAUUCGAAGGCAUCAUUCCUGAUAAAGGAGGUGUUCUUUUACUCUCUGAUUUGAAACAAAUUGAUCUUCCAAAUAAUUCUCAUGUUUCUCACACUCCACAACCAACAGAACCAGGUAAAUUCCCCGUGGGAAUAGUUGCUGGCGUUGUUUGCGCUCUUGUUGUCGCAUUUACUGCACUUGCUGUGACAAUUUGGUUUGUUUUCUUUAGAAAGAGAAAUAAUAAGGCAAAGAAGAAUGAUUCAUCGACAUCUUCUUCAUCAUCCGAUGAAAAACCGGAAGAGCCUUAA